AUGGCUGAGAUAGCGAUUGCUGGGGUAAUUGUUCCCGCUGUUGCAACUCUUGCGGCACCUGUUCUGCAACUUCUGUUGUCCAAAGCUGGAACACGCUCCAUUUCGCUUGCUGGCACACAUGAAGUGCUAAACUAUGGAUUGGCGCAGCUACGUGCUCAACAAAUGGACAAAGACCGUGCAGUUUGGAGCCAUAGCGAGCAGAAAGAUCCGUCUGAGGCUUACAAGCUUUGGAAGGAGCGUGUAUCACAUAUUGAGAAAGAGGUGGCUUUCGUGAAUGAAAAAUAUCAUAAACUAGGGACAAGGAAACGGCGUCUUUUAAAAAGAAUUGGUUUUCAAAACGAGAUCAAAAGGGUACUCAGUCACGUUAUCAGAAUUCUUGAACAAUGUCCAGAGGAGAUUCUAGUUGAUAAGCAGCUAGAGUGGGUUAUAAAGGAGAUCAGCGUUCCACCAAUUGGGAAGUAUCCGACUCUUAACAAAGCCUUCUGGGAGAUUCAGAAUCUGCUAACAGAUAAUGAAGUAAAAUGCGUGGCACUUCACGGACAAAAAGGGGUCGGGAAAACUACAAUAAUGAGAAACUUAAAUAACCACUUCUGUAGUGUUGACAAGUUGUUUGAUAUGGUGAUUUUCAUCAAAGUGCUGGCUGAUGAGCAGACUGAUCCGCAGGCUGAAUACCUUGACAUUUUGCAAAAAAUUGCGGUUCGAGUAAAGGUGAAUGGAGAAGGUAAUGAAUCUGAAGUUGUUGGAAGAAUACAGAAAGUUCUGGAGAACAAAAGAUAUUUGCUGAUUUUAGAUGACAUAAGGUACAAACCCGAUGAGAUUUGGAAAAAGUUGAAUAUUUCAAAGGACCAAAAGGAUAGUAAGGUGGUAAUAACCACUCAUUAUCCUCUUGCUUUAAAGUCGAAUUAUAUUAAUAGGGACGUCAAGCUUAAAGAGUUAUCCCCUCAUGAAGCACAGUCUAUGUUUCGAGACAUUGCUAGUGUCAAGGUUUUACCACCAAACGCUAAAUUGAUAUGCAAGAGGUUCUGCUCUUGUCUUCCCCUGCUUAUAGAUCCUAUUGCAAAGUCUUUUAGCUAUCAAGAGGAUCCUCCUGAUUGGCUUACGGCUUUGAAUGAAUGUAUGCCUUGGCCUCAAGUUGGAGUUAAUGGUUUGAAAGAGAUAUUCUCAACCUUGGAAAAUUAUUGUUAUAAGCGGCUACGUGGUCAAAGUGAACAAAAAUGCUUCCUUUACGCUUCACUAUAUCCUGCAAACAGCAAGAUAUACACAGAUUACUUAGUGGAAUGUUGCAUAGCUCAGGGCUUUCUUGGUAAGGUUGAUGCAACUACUAAGUACAGUGGGAUGCGCACUAGAGCUAUUGAUUCAGUAUUGAGGUCCCUUGUUAAUGUUUCAUUCUUGGAGGAAGGGGAACAGAUGAGGUAUGUUAAAAUGAAUGACCUUUAUAGGCAACUUGCUUUACAUAUAUUAUAUAACAACUCUGAAGGCAGAACUUAUUUUGAUAAUGAAAAACAUAAGGAGCCCUUCAGAUCAGAAUCAUGGCAGCAUGCGAGGUGGGUUUCUAUGGUUGGUAGUAAAAGAGAUAGUCUACCAGCAAACCAGAAUUGUGGGAGUCUUCAGGCACUGUUGCUACAAAAGAAUCCGAGGUUGGCUGAAAUCCCAUUAGACUUUUUUAAAAGUAUGAGCAAUCUUCUUGUUUUAAACUUAUAUAGGACUAAAAUAAGCAAGUUACCAUCUUUGACAGAACUAACUGGGCUUAAGGCGUUCUAUGUCAAUGGUUGUUCAAGAUUGAAAAUAUGUUCGCAUGAUAUCCAACCACUUCAACAUCUUGAGGUAUUGGACAUUCGAGGUACUAAAAUAAAUUUUGUGCCAUACUUGGCAAGUUUGUGGUGUCUAAGAAUCUCAUACUUUGCGAGCAGCAAUUAUGAUGGAAUUUCAGAGCUUCACAGAUUAGAAGAAUUAACCAUUGAAGUGAAGUCCCCAUCAAAAUGGUGCGAUGAUGCUGAAAAUAUUAUACAAAAAGUUGCUUCUUUGGAAAAUCUAACAACUUUCCGAUGCAGCUUUCCUUCUUCAGAAACCCUUGGAAAAUUCCUAGAGACCAGCAAAUCAAGGAGAGGUAAGAAGCAGUUUACUCCAUGUCAAUUUUUCGUGAGAAGUGAAAACUCACAAAAUCCAAAAAUCAUUGAGUCUCUUGACGACGAUAGAAUUUCCAAGUGUGUGAAGUAUUGUAAUGGUGAUGAAAGGGUUGACUUGGCAAUCACUGAGAUGCUCCCUCAAGUUAAGGCAUUUGAGCUAAUCUGUCACAAGAGCAUUGGAACUUUAUUAGAGUUGGUAGAGACAUCAAACCCAGAAUGUCUCCAUGAUUUACUUAUAGAAGGGUGUAAUCAAAUGUCAAUCAUUGUUGAAGGAGAUAAGGUAUACAAUAUCAAUGGCACCAAUGCAGGUCUCUUGCCAAACUUGCAACAAUUACAUUUGGAUAAUUUGGAACACUUGAGGAUUGUUUUUAGGGGCCCCUUCUAUUUUGGAAGCUUUUCCAUGCUGCAUACUUUGAAAUUAAAGAAUUGUCCGGAGUUGACGAGUAUCUUUUCUCAGGUAGCAAAUAUUGAUUUUCCUAAACUGGAGAAAUUAGUGGUUCAAAAUUGUUCAAGACUUGAAGUUCUUUUCAAGGUCCCUGCUAAAGGGGAGCAACGGAUACUGCCGGAAUUGAAGGUGUUAGUAUUGGAUAGCUUGUCAAACUUCAAGUUCAUAUGCUCAAGUGAAAAUUUGGUAUGGCGUUCUUUGGAGAAGUUAAAUGUUCGAAAAUGCCCUCACUUGAAAACGCUACCUUUCAACACAAUCAAUGCAGCUAAUCUGAAAACCAUUGAAGGUGAGCAAGAAUGGUGGAGCAAUUUAGACUGGACUCAUCCCAUGGUUCAUGAGAAAUUUACGUCUGCAUUUUCAGCUUCUAAUUAA